AUGCCACGAUCCUUUUUGGUGAAAAACAAAGGUGCAUCUUACAAUGUGCACCAAUCUCACGAAGAUGAAGCCGAACCGAGGGACCCGGCAUUUACAGAACCAAAGAGUCCAGAGUCUCCUCGGUCACUGGGUCAGCCCACUCAUCCCGACCCCUAUUCUUACAUGAAAAAUGAACAGGAGCCUGAACGGCCAGUCCCCUUUCACCCUGACCCAACAGGACAACCUGUUACCCGUGCUCCACCACCAUACUACUUAUCAGAGGCUCACAUGGCAGAGCUCCCUGCAUACUACAAGCCCUCCUACACCUGGGACUCUGUACCUGUGCCCUAUGACCUUUGUCCGAUGGGCUUCCCCCCCUCCCUCCUGCAGCACUCCAGCAGCCUGUUUGGGGCUAAAGUCAGCCACAGCCCUGAACCCCAGCAACCUCUGGACUGCAGCACACACUACUACCCCACCUCGGGAACUUAUCACUGCAUCACCUGUGACAAGGUGUUCUCAACCCCUCAUGGUUUGGAGGUGCAUGUCAGACGCUCCCACAGCGGGACCAGACCAUUCGGCUGCAGCAUCUGCAGGAAAACCUUUGGUCAUGCUGUCAGUCUGGAGCAACACAUGAACGUUCACUCACAGAAAAGAAGUUAUGAAUGCAAGAUGUGUGGAAAGACAUUCAAGCGCUCCUCCACCCUCUCCACCCAUCUACUCAUCCACUCCGACACCAGGCCCUACCCCUGUCAGUACUGUGGAAAGAGGUUCCACCAGAAGUCGGACAUGAAGAAACACACCUACAUCCACACAGGUGAGAAGCCCCACAAAUGCCAGGUGUGUGGCAAGGCAUUUAGCCAGAGCUCCAACCUCAUCACACACAGUCGUAAACACACCGGCUUUAAGUCCUUUGGCUGUGAGAUCUGUGCCAAGGGCUUCCAACGCAAGGUGGACCUCCGCAGACACCGUGAGAGCCAGCAUGGCCUGAAGUGACGAGGUUGAGAACAAUGGAUAGAGAAGAAGAGGAGAGAGUGCCUUAGGGAAACAACAUAGCAAAGAAAGGGAAAGAAAGACCAAACAUGUGCCUUAGUGGUGAGCAUCAUGACACAAAAUGGCCACUACGGACACAAUCAUUUUGUUUUACACAUAUCAUAUCGAAUCUUAUCCUUCUUGUGAAAAGGCAUUUUUAAGUCAAUCAGAGCCAGCAGCUAACCAGCAUAAAUUAGACAAGGCAAAUUAUGAAGAUAUUUUUUUCAUAAAGUAUUUGCUAUCACUUAAGGAGGAACAGCCCUUUGGAAUAAAAUAUAAUUCAACUGA